AUGUAUACCGAUGCUGGAUACAGUCCACCUGCCAGGUGGAGGUCCUCAGAGGCGUUUAUCACUUUUGUAGUCUCCUUCGCCAUUUUCACAGACCUUCUCCUCUAUGGACUGCUCGUCCCGGUCAUGCCAACGGCUCUCCACGAGCGCGUUGGUCUUCCUGCAGGCGAGGAACAAAGAUGGACAUCAAUCCUGCUCGCCCUCUGCGGCGCCGGCCAGCUCGCAUGCGCCCCAAUCGCCGGGUACAUCGCCGACCUAAUCUCCUCCCGGAAGUGGCCUUUAAUCACGGGUCUGCUCUUCCUAGGCGCCUCCUGCGUCCUGCUCUGCAUCGGGACGACCCUCGGUCUCUGGAUAGUAGGCCGACUGCUGCAAGGCGCCUCGGCCGCGGUGGUCUGGGCGGUUGGAUGUGCGCUGCUCGUGGACUCGGUUGAUAAGAGCAGACUGGGACAGGCGCUGGGGUAUCUUGGUAUGGCGAUGAUGUUGGGCCCGCUGCUGGGGCCGUUGCUGGGGGGUGUGAUAUAUGCUUCUGGCGGGUAUUAUGCGGUGUUUGGGUUGGCGUUUGGGCUUGUUGUUGUUGAUAUUGGGUUAAGGUUGGUUAUGAUUGAGCGGCGGGAUGAGCCUGAUCCUGCCACUAGAAGGGAUAUUCAGGAUGGAGGGGACGGUGUUCCUGCAUCUGAAGAUUCCCCUCUGCUAUCAGAACACACGGCACCCCGAUCUCUACCUACAGAAGCCGAAGGAGAUAAACCCCAGCGACCACCAGCCCUGCUCAUCCUCCUCAGCUCUGAACGCAUGUGGAUAACAAUCUGGGGCUACUUCGUCGGCGCGGUAAUAAUGUGUUCCUUCAACAGCAUCCUCCCGCUCUUCGUGCGAGAUACCUUCAACUGGACUCAAACCGGGCAAGGACUUAUUUUCCUCCCCCUCUCAAUCCCGAAUUUCCUCGGGCCGUUCUACGGGUGGGUUAACGAUCGGUUUCCACAUUCUAGACGGUAUGUUGCGGCAGGUUCUAUGCUUGGUGUUUCUAUAUCGGCUGUUCUGCUGCGGUUUGUUACGGGGGAUACGACGGGGCAGAAAGUUCUUCUAUGUGUCCUGCUUGCUCUGCUGGGCUUGAGCCUUGCGGCGUCUGACCCGCCGCUUUUAUCUGAAGCUGCGUUUGCUGUGUCGGAGCAGGAAGAGAGGCGGCCUGGGAUAUUCGGGGGUUCUGAGCCAACGGCACUUAUGUAUGGGAUCCUUAGCGCUACCUUCUCUGCUGGUGCGAUUGCGGGAUCGUUUCUUGCUGGCCUGAUUAAGGAGGCUUAUGGAUGGAGUACGGUGACUUGGGUGAUAGGAUUAGUUGCUGGGGUUUCGGUGCUCCCGAUGUUGCUGUGUGUUGGGGGGUUGUGGAUUCCAUGGACUAAACAGCCUACGCUUCCUGAGGAAUAG